AUGUCUAGAAAGCGUAAAGCGUUAUCGCUGAAAGAAAAACUCGACGUCCUAGCAAAAGUCGACGAAAAUCCGCAGAAGAAACGUGUCGACCUGGCACGCGAACUUUGUUUGCCCGUCUCCACGCUGAACACGAUCGUCGGCAAGCGAGAAGAAAUUCAGAAGAACAUUCAAGUCUUCGGCGCCGGCGUGAAGCAAACAAGGGGCGCCCAGCAUGGCAAGAUGGAAGAGGUUCUUCUGGCAUGGUUCAGGGAGGUAAGGGCGGCGGGCGUGAAUGUGGACGGGACAGUUGUUCGCGAGAGAGCUGAUGAGAUAGCACUCUCGUUGGUCAUCGAAGAUUUUAAAGCUUCGGGCGGGUGGCUCCAUCGUUUUAAAACACGGCAUGGCCUGUCGUAUAAAACCGUUUCCGGCGAAGGGAAGUCUGCCGACCAAGAUCAGGUCUCCAACUGGCUUUCGACUCUGCCGGCGGUGAUUGCUCAGUACCAGCCAAUGGAUGUGUUCAACGCAGAUGAAGCUGGGUUGUUCAUCAAUCUUCAGCCCGAGAAAAGUCUCAGCAUAAAAGGUGAGACGUGUCAAGGCGGAAAAAAAAGCAAAGAAAGAGUCACCGUAUUGUUGUGCUGCAACGCUGAUGAAACCGAGAAGCUCAAGCCUACUGUCAUUGGCAAAUACUGGAAGCCACGCUGCUUUUCGCGUAACCCACGCCUUCCUGUCAUUUAUAAAGCGAAUGAGAAGGCAUGGAUGACCGGAGCCCUUUUCACAGAGUUCCUCACAUUUCUGGAUGCCCGGAUGCGUGCCGCGAACCGUAGAAUUCUUCUGGUUCUCGACAAUUGUGCCGCGCACCCUGUCGAUACUUCGUGGCUGCAAAACGUAAAAGUAAUUUUCCUGCCGCCCAACUGCACCAGCCACUUGCAGCCCCUAGAUGCAGGAAUCAUUAGAAACAUGAAAUUUCACUUUAGGAGCUUGUUGAUCAGAUGCUUUUUGGCCAAGAUUGACCGGAAAGAUGCCAGCUUGAAGGUGGAUCUUCUUGAUGCCAUCCAUUUUCUGGCGAUGUCAUGGGAUCGCGUCAAACCUGACACCAUCGCCAACUGCUUCAAGAAGUGUGGCUUUUUUUGUGCACCUGGCGAUACUGAGGAAAAUGGAGAUGACGGCGCAGAGAUUGACAUCCCGGACUGGGGUGACCUCAAUGUCGACGCGUCUCCGGAAGAGUUUGUAUCGGCGGACGACCAACUGGCGACAUGUGAAUUGCGCACCGUCCAAGACAUCAUUGCAGAUGUUACCGCUGAAGAGGAGUGCGACGACGAUGACAACCAAGAUGCCGGAGAUUGCAGCAGCGAUCGUCGGCCAUUAAAUACUGACGGUGCUCUCGAAGCUUUGGACGGGCUUCGUGGCUUUGUCGCGUCUGUGGAGCUCAGCGAAAAAACUGCUACUCGUUUUUACGAGUUCCAGAAAAGCUUGCUGCAGGACCUCGAAAAGCAAAAAGUGCAGCGCAAAGUGACGGAUUAUUUUAAAGUGCUUUAA